AUAAAAGGACAGGAUGCCUUCCGUCUCCUUGUUAAAAAUAUUCACCUCCAUGCGAACGAGAUCUGAUCUACUUUCGACCUAAUCGAACUUUGCUAUCUCCCAUCGGGGAUUAAUUACCCCCUACAGAUUGAUCAUGGCUCCCGAAGAUGACCAGCGACGUCGAAAGGGGAAGCAUGCCUUCACCGAACAGGCAAGGCAUAUCAUUGGGGAUUCCUCUACCUCCCUCGACUCGAAGGUGGACUGGUUGGAGAGCAUUUUCGAUGAUAAAGAUACAGCUCUCACCUACAAUGAACGUCGCGUCCUGGAACUUGAAGCCGAGAAUAAUGAAUAUCGAAUUACCAUCGGCGAAAUGACACAGGCCCACGAUAACCAAAUCUAUGAUGCGAUCCGGCACCGACUCCAGACCGAGAGUACGGCAGCCGCCCUGCCGGAUGCAGAGGGAAGUUCGGGAACAAAGGCCAGGUCGCAGAUCGCGUCGGCAGAGGCGUCGAAUGAGCUUCUUUCUGCGGCGACAGAACAGCAGCUUGAGUUGCUGGGGCUUUACCAGGGGGACCAUAAGCAGCUGAGAGAGCAGCUGUCGAAUCGCGACCGCACGAUCCAGGCCAUAGAUAGGAACCUGAAAAAGGCCAACUCGACGGUGAAGAAGUUUAAAGCGACGCUGGCAAGGCGCAAGAGGAACUAUGCCGAGUAUGCCGAUUCCGUCAAUGACCUUUUAGGUGCUCUGAAGAGCGAAAAUGCCGCCCUGAAGAAGCGUCUGGAAAAGGAACACGACAAGAUUGAUCUGCUGUGGGAUCAGCUGAAAAGCACCUACGAGAAAGGCAUGGAGGGCCAGGCGGAAAUAGUCGCGGGGAUGAUCGAGAGCAUGAAACGCGCGAGGAGAAAAAUACAGAUGGCCCCCGGCUCACACGGCCGUCGUGAUCCGGACACGCCCAUGUUCGAGGCCCCCGAUCUCGACAGCGAUGUCGAGAUGAUCAAUAACUGUUCAGAUGCCCCGUUGCUUAAACCGCUACGCUCACUACACCUAAAUUCGGACCCAUCGCCGCCUCCUCGACCGCGAUCGCCCCGCGAUCGCACGCGUGGACGAAGUCCUAUCAGACGCAAACGGCCGCAAACGAAUGCUGGAUUAGCGGCAGCCAUGGAAUCAUACGUCCUGGGGCUAGAACUACGCGGACUCGGUGACCCUCGACCCUCCCAGCAACGGAGAACUUCUGUGCCAGCGACCCAGCCUCUUCCGUCGCGCCAGCGCCCUCGGGAUGAGAUGCUUCACAUCCCUAUCAUCAGAAAACGGGCUUUGAAUCCCGACGACCCGCCACGGCCCAUUAAGAAGGCUCGGCACCACCUCAUCAACCCGGACGAGCGAAGAAAUGUACACAUGUUAUGCGAGUGCACGGGGAGAGUAACGCUGAAUGACAUCACUGUGGCUGGCGUUGAAGCGAAAAUCACCACAAUGCCCAAGCCAGCCAGCUCGCGUUUGCCUGGUCAGUCCAUCUUCACAGGCCCGAUAUAUCUUCCGGCACAGCGUGGAUUCACGUCUCUCUCCGCGAAAAUAGCACGAGUAUGGGGCAGGCCGGUAAGAAAAUGGACCCUGGGGCCAGACAUGGGCAACAAGGGCUCAGGGAAGGCCACGGAAGACCCCCUAGACUCCCCUGCUCAGGCCGCUAACAAGAAUCAGGACAGCCAGACCCAAACCAAUCCUCUCGAAACCCAGACAGAGGAGACAGGCAGAUGGAAGACCUGGGUGAUUUUGUUCUUAGCGUUAUGGUUGUUUUUGUCACACUGCAGCCAAGUCGACCAUAAGAAGGAAUGGCUCAGGGCGAAUGAGGAUCCCGAGAGGCUCCUCGCCAUGCUGCGUGGUCCCGAAGCUAAUGCAGCCGGCGGAGUGACGGUGAUGGAUUUCGAGAUUGCGAGAUGGUCGGAUGUUGAUGCCAGUGCCCUAGGAUGA